UCUCUCUCAUGCCAUGAACCACGGUUAAUCGUGUCGGAAUUACAUAACAGCUGAAAUGAGCCAAUAGCGGUGUCUGGAUCUUCCUGUGCGUUAGUUGCAUUGAUUGUGAUGUUAGCUAGAAUUCUGCAGUAUCAUUGCUAGGUGCCCCGAUCGAAAUCAUCCCAAAUUUAAAGUAUUUAAUGAUUUCUUUUUUCUAAAUUCUAGGUUGGUCGACGAGACAAAAUUUGAAGUAAGAGAAAGAAAAGGACUAUAUGAACUAAAUUGAGCAACUUUUUUUGACUUUUUGGACAUUUUUAAAAAAAUCAUUUUUGUCGUUUGUUGAAAUGGAGAGUGCCACGGAGGAAUUCUGUUCCCUUAUUUUGGCUGCGAUUUGUCUCGAUUCAUGAAGAAGCAACGCAGGAAAAGAUGUUAUGACGACUUAGAGCUUUUAUUUACUUAGAAAGAAAAAAAAAAUGUCAGUUUGAGUGUGGCCACGACGAAGAAGUGAAGAAACAAUGAGAUAAACUUGGAAAGUUAAUGGAAAUAAUUUGCAGAAAAAGAGAAAGGAAAGAUUAAAAAAAAUAAAGUGCUACUCCUAUAGUAUAAACAGAGAAUAGAAGUGAAGGGAUAAUAUCAAAUUCGAAAGACCUUUAUUUCCGCAACGGAGAAGUGAUCAAACAGAAAAACAAGGGAUAAAUAAAAAAGCUAAACAAUUUUAUUUCACGACCCCAUGUGAGAGAAGAGAGGCGUCGAGUUCUCAGAGGAAACACACACACGCACACGGACACGCAAACACGCUCUCACUCUUUUCUGUGGGCCGUUGGUGCUAUCAGCAGAAACAGUAGCAGCAGCGGCGGCGUUAAGCCUGGGAGAGUGGGGUGUCUUGGCUGAGGCAUGAGAGAGAACUAAAGCAAGAUGGGGCGGUUGGGCGGGUUGCUUGCCUGCCUGCUGCCAAUAGUGGUCGGUAUAGCUUCCACCCCGACUACCAUCGGUACCAACACGACCCCUACCACAACACCAACAACAAAACCAGGUACCAGCUACCAAGUUACCACUGCCAGUGGACCUGCUACAGCGCCGAUUGCCACUGACGUCACUGCUCCGGUCAAGUCAGAUGACGUAGAGGAUGGACAUUCGGGACCUCCUUUAGCGCCCCGACAAACGAAUGCGGGCGGCGCCCAUUUCCAGGAGGAAUCUCAUCACCACUUGACACAUCCAGGUUCCCAAAGCACCACUCAGGGACAUCUCCGGAAUGCCACUGCUGGCGCUGCUGCUGCUGCGUCUGGCCCCGCUGCUCAAGGCCAAGUCUCAAGUCCAAAUGGUUCCGCAGAGGGAUAUCCCGAGAGGAGGAGGAGGAGGAGGAAGGAGGAGUGA